ACAUUUUUGUUCAGUAUAAAUCAAAAACGAGUUUAAGAAGAUGCAUCAUAGAUAGUUGAAUUCACUAAUUUCAGAUUUACCAAAAAUAGACCUUUCUUUCAGGAAAUUUGAAAUCAGGAUUUGUUUCCCACAUAUGCUUUAUCAAAUCAACCAAAUCAAUGCUCUGUCUGUCCAUCUGUCUUCCAGACUGUCAACUCGCUGUGAAGAAUGAAAAAGGGGCACUAGCCAAUGGAGGAAGCAGACUCUGGGCCGUGUGGGUGUGUUCAGGGAGAGAAAUACUUUUUUAAAACACCUUUAUCGUAGGCCAGGCCCUGUUCUUACCUCAUAUCCCAACAAUAAUGCCUUGCAUAACACCUGGGAAGAAAACACUUAAAUUUGCUCAACGUGCCAUUGGUUCAACUUACCCCAUGACCACUGGCUCAACUUACCCCAAGGCAAACAUUUUAACUAUAUUAGCCCACAAAGCUACAAAGAUGCACUUUCAUGCUAGGUUUAGGACCUCAUAUUGAAGCUUAUAGAGACCCCAACUGAUGUAUAGAACACUCUUAAAAUGACCUACUUUGGUUACGAUACAAGCGUCAUGAAACCUCUAACACAAAUGCAUUUGACUUGCUGAAAAUCUUUUGGACCUAACUUGCUUACCAUUUUUCCAUGUGGUUUCUUCCUUCACAGACUCCAUGAAAUGGCCUCUUCCUAAAUAUUUGGUCAAAUUAUCAAUUUUGUCUAUGGUUUCCUAGAAACAAGGAAGGCUCAACUUACCCCACUCACCCCUAAUUAUCAUUGUGCUCAUUCUGCCACCCUUGUUUUCCAUAGAAUAUAUAGGUUGUAGAGCUGCCAACACGCCUACAACAGAUUUUACUUUCAGCGUCCAGGUUUUUUCUUUAUCAUCACAAAAAACUUGCAGAAGCAAUGAGCUCGAGUUUCGAUCAGAUGAUUAUCCCCUAUGUAGUUUUUGUAGGAAAUAUGCAAAUACUUACAGAAGAGUAGGCCAGAGAGCACACCCCUUUCAUCAAGACCGCCCUCAAAUGAGUAGCCUGUUCUUCCCAUAGCCGCCACCCACUGCAUAAAAGCUGGGAGUUUCAAGCAAGAACGCCAAGCUUCGCUUUGAAGAAUUUAGCGAUAGUGGCAUUUGGUGCGGAGCUAGUGUAGUUCAUUGAUCUGCCUGUUGAUCAGUUAUGGGAAGCUCUUGACAAGUGAUAGCGUGUUACGGCCGCAAAAUGUGACGAAUAGUACGCAGAUAAAAAAAAUACAUGAUAUAUAUUUCUUAAAUAUGUAGUUUAAAGAAAGACGUUUCUGUAAAAUAUUUAUUCAUUUCACCAUGCAGCGGUAAACAUCAACUCCUUCGAAGUGGAUGUGUAUUAUUUUCAGCUUCAACACUUAGUUUGAACAAGAUGGAAGUUAUCACACCAUAAACGUUCUGCAGUGACUGACGAGAUGGGAAAAUGGGAGAUAUCAAUGAACCCAGUGCAGGAGUGGGGUGAGGAGGGGGCGUUGUAUGGAAUCACCCUGCGUCGGGAGCCCGUCCAGAUACCAGCCAGCCCCACCGAGGCCCGGCCAUGCAUUGCCUUCGUCCAGUACCGGACUUGCAAGGUGCGCAGGCUGAAGGCAGCCACCCUGAACCGGCUGGUGAGCCACCUCCUGGACCCCUGCUGCCAGGAGCCCGACUACAGACAGAUCUUUCUGUCCACCUACCAGACCUUCACCACUACCAGUGCACUCAUUGAGCUGCUCUUCCAGAGGGACAAUGGGGCUUCAGACGUGUACAACAGUGAAUGUCACAAGAGGCGUCUGAUGCCCCUGAUCCAGACUUGGUUGGAGGUGUACAGUGAGGACUUCCGGGAUCCUCCUCAGCACCCCUCACUAAGGCUGCUUUUGGACCACCUACACUGCCUAUCCUCCUUCUGUUCACUGGCCCAGCGCUCUGAAACUCUGCUUAAGAAGUUCCAGAGAGAAGAAAUGGAUACUGGUGGCCAUUCUGCCCAGGCUGAGGUUAAUCAGGAAGACGAAAGCUCAGGGGAGGAAGGCCUUAGAAUGAACUUCUCAGUCACAGGCAUCGCAGAACAGCUCACCCGACUGGACGCUCGGCUGUUUAGGAAGGUGGUUCCGUACCAGUGUCUGGGCUGUGUGUGGUCCCAGAGAGACAAGAAGGAGAACCUGUCUGCUACCGUCAGCGCCACCAUUGCCCAGUUUAAUGCAGUCACCAACCGAGUCAUCACCUCCCUGCUCUGCCGGCCCACCUCCAGCCCCACUUCUGUCCGCAAGGUCUCCAGCCCAGCUCAGAGGGCCUGCGUCAUUGAGAAGUGGAUCAGAGUCGGACAGGAGUGUCGGCAGCUGAAGAAUUUCUCCUCUUUGAGGGCCAUCCUGUCCGCCCUUCAGUCCAAUGCUGUCUACAGGGUGAGGAAGACGUGGGCUGCUGUGUGUAGGGACAGCGUCACCAUCUUUGAUAACCUCUGUGAAACCUUCCCUGAUGAGAACUGUGUGUUGAGCAACAGAGAGAUCAUUGUGGAGGAUGGAAGCCAAACAGCCAUGGAUAACAUUUCUCCCAAUAUAUCCAAGCGAUGUCCUAUUGCCAGACAGAUGAGCACCUCCAGUGGGAUGGUUCCUUACCUGGGCACGUACCUGACUAUCCUCACAAUGCUGGACACUGCUCUACCAGAUACUGUGGAGGGGGACCUCAUAAACUUUGAAAAGAGGAGGAGGGAGUUUGAGAUUCUCUCUCAGAUCCGGCAGCUCCAAGCCUCCUGCUCUCAGUACAACCUGCCCCAUCACACCAGGAUCACUGCCUGGUUGCAGGGCCAGAAGCUGCUCACUGACCAGGAGAGCUAUGAACUGUCCAGAAACCUGGAGCCUCCAAUAGACCUCUGCUCCCCAGGCGCCUGGAGCCACCGUUUGAUCAGCAAGAAACUGUCCUCACUCCUCAAAGUGAGUGAGGGAUCCAGCAGGAAAACCCAUGCAGACCAGAUCAGUGUGUCGUCUUCAGGGUCCAGUGGCUCUGAGAUGGAGGAUCUCUCCACCCCUCCCUCCACACUCAGACUGCAGUCUCUGUCCAGCUCCUGUCAAAAUGUGGCGGAGGCCUUACCCUCCUCCCCGGAUGGCUCCACUCCCUCCAGUUGUUCCUCCAGUUCUCAGCCUGACCUAUCUGCUCCAGUGGCUGCCCACCCUAAACCCAUGCUGCCCUUCCUCCCCCUCUACAACAGACAGGUGGCUGACUGCUGUAUAGUGAGGGUCAGUGUGGAGGCUGGCAACGGCAACAUGUACAAGAGCAUCCUGCUGACUAGUCAGGACAAAACUGCCCAGGUGAUUCAGAGGGCCCUGGAAAAACACAACCUGGAGCACCUGACCUGUCAAGACUUCACUCUCACACAGUUGAUCUCCCAGGAAAGAGAGUUACUCAUUCCGGACAAAGCUAACGUCUUCUACGCCAUGUGCACAUCGGCGAACUUUGACUUUGUUCUGCGCCAGUGUCCAAAGGGUCAAAAGAAACCUCUGUGCGCUACUUCCAGCCUUGGACGUUAUUCAAAGUAGACAGCGUACUAUGGCAAUGAUGAGUAACUACAAACCAGGACUGAGUUCAAAGGAUUUUGUACAGACAUUUAGCUGGUUGUAGUUUUGUUUUUAAUAACUUUCUUUUAUGACAAAAAUCAUGUUUAAAUGUUCCAUGAUGGACAGACCCCUGUUUGGUUUGUUGUCAAGUGGGUGCCAUGAGAGGAACAGGUGGAAGAUGAUAGUCUGAUGGCACUUCAUGUAAAAUACACGUGUUGUGUAUAUACGUCUGAAGACAACAGAUUUGGGGCUACAUUUUGAAACCCAUUGAACAGAAUGUCCUUUAUUUAUUGAUGGAGCGAACUCUACAUGAUUUCCACCAUUGAACACUCAACAUUCCUCCAAGACUUCCCUGAGGUGCUUUACUUUGUGGAAAGGAGUCACAUUGGAGUCAGAUCAGCAGUGACUGUGAUGCUCUCUCCCUCAGUCACACGCCAAUAUACAGACACGUAAUAGUUGUUUCCUAUUGUCUCUUCUCUGAGCAAAACCAGUCACCUAUUUGUUUUAAUGAGAGAGAUGACUGACGUUUCCCAACAGGGAGAGACAACCUAUGAGCCUUAAAAGGGAAUGAGGUCACAGGAGACGGCCUGCCACCUGAGAAGUGGAUGGGAAUGUUCUCACCUGGAUCACUAUGUUCCCCAGGGUAUCAGCCCGCCGUCAUGGCGAUACUGAUUGGGGCUGUGCGUGCGAAAGGAGGGGCUGCCCUGACCAGCUGGAUAGCACUCCAUAUACGCUACAGUCAGUUGCUGUAGAGGGGACACUGACAAACAUUUAAGAACUCAGACUGUCAAUGGUUUAAUGAUGGUGAUAAUAAUGUGUGUGUUGUAAAUGGUUCUGUGUUGCAUUUCAAUGUUAAUACUUCGAUUUUUUUUUUAUUUGUUCUUUUUACAUUGUUUUCUAUUUGUCUCUUAUAAUGCUCUUGAUGAUUAGGUGGGCCUUCAUGGCUGUGUUGCCUAGCUACCCAAAUUCCUUGUUCCGGCCAAACGCCACGCCAACGGACGUUAAUUUCUCCUCUGCAAUGAGUCAGGAUCUGAGUACCUCCCCGAUGAUUUCUAGAAUGGAAAUCCAUUCUAGACCGUCUGAUUGGUCCCAGAAACCAAUGGGUUGAGCCAGAACACGUGGGUAAAUCGGCAUUUUGAAAAUUCGUCAUUGGCUUUGAUAUGCUGAUGGGUUAGAGAUGAUCAACCGCUGAUGCCUUGUUUUGUACAACACCCCUCAUUUUGACGUCGCCACAAAUUACUUCAAUGAUCGCACUCUCAGACAAGUAUGUUACCAAUGAUAGAGCAGCAGAAGAAUUCAGUUUGAAUCGUCAGGCAAGGCUGUGUGCACUUGUCAAUUGAAUAGAAAAUAUACUGAACAAAAAUAUAAGCGCAACAAUUUCAACUAAUUUUACUGAGUUACAGUUCAUGUAAGGAAAUCAGUCAAAUUAAAUAAAUUCAUUAGGACCUAAUCUAUGGAUUUCACAUGACUGGGCAGGGGUGCAGACAUCGGUGGGCCUGGGAGGGCAUAGGACCACCCACUUGGGAGACUGGCACACACACUGGGGAGCAAGGCCCAGCCA